UGUGUAUCUAACGUCUAUGUGUACAGAUUCUUAGAUGUUUUGCAGUGAAUAAUUUUCAUGUCACAUGAACGAUCCAAUAGAGGAAGACAGUUGCAUAACAUUUUACAUUGACGCCGAUUGCAUUAGUCGUUUGAUUUAUCGAGGACAACUGGUGGACUGUGGGGCUCGGGUGGAGUUAAUUAGCGUUUAAAAAAGUACUGGGAAUUUUUAAAAGAACGCUAAUUCAAGCUGUAGCAGUAAUAAUCUGGUUCUUCUUCGCUUCUCACGCUUGCCCUCGGUCAUCUUCUUGCUUGACUGGAGCUCAGUAGCAUUGGUUACUCGCAGUAUUUUCAGCUUCACAACUGAUACAACUUAAACGAAAAGAAUUGGUAAUGUGGCAUCAGAUAGCUACAAGUUCUCAAGUGUAUGGCUUACAUAACAUAAAUUCAGAAAAACCAAAAGAGUGCGGCUGCUGGUUGCUGUCAUGAACGACCACGAGGACGAGCAGCGACAAUGGUGGUCGCCGAUGUGUAAGAAGAGAUGGACGUGGAGGAAAAGAACUUUUGCGCCACGCGUCUUGCUCUCCACCAUGCCACCGUCCUCGCCAAUAACCAUCCUCCUCCAUUUACACAUACAAUUUUAUCAUUGUGAUGGCGAUUUUUAUAAACAUGAGAUUUAAAAUUUGAUAAUAUCUGGAUUAAAUUAUCAGUAUCGUGACCAGGAAAAGGUCAUUGUUGUGUUUUAAAAGUGAUAGGCGCAAAAAAACAUUAAAUAAUGUGAUCAAUCUUUCGAAUAUGCUUCGACACAAUCAAGUGUAAUAAUAAAUUGAAUCGAGUUUACACGGGACAAUGAAAAGAAUUUUAUCAAAUGUUAAAUGCUAAAUUAUUGUUGUAUCACGUUCUUGAUUAGCUGUCGUGUUUAUAAGUUACUCGGGAUACAUUAAUAUUGUGCAUUCGACAGUAUAAUUCAUUUGAGUGCAUUCAUUUAAACUUUAAAAAUUUUUUUAAAUGAAAAACUGCAGUUUCUUUAUAAUUUUAUUUGUUUCAAUAAUACUACCAUUGAAAAAUGAGUCUGAAGCAUUUACACUAAACGAUUGGAUGUGCUAUUGUUUAAUGAAUAGAAAAAUUACUACUACUUCAACCAUAAGUACUUCAAAUUCUGUGACAACAGCUAUUAUUUCUCCAGAUUCGUUACCUACAACUGCUAUUUCUCCAGAUUCGUUACCUAUAACUUCUACUUCUCCAUAUUCGUUACCUACAUCUUCUAUUUCUCCAAAUUCUGUACCUACAUCUUCUAUUUCUCCAGAUUCUUCGCCAACAACUUCUAUUUCUCCAGAUUCUGUACCUACAACUUCUAUUUCUCUAGAUCCUUUCCCUACUUUUAUUUUUCCAGAUUCUUCGCCUAAAAGUGCUAUUGCUCCAGAUUCUUUCCCUACUUAUAUUUCUCUAGAUCCUUUUCCUACUGUUAUUUUUCCAGAUUCUGCGCCUACAAAUUUUAUCCCUCCAAAAAUAGCUGCCUUUCGUAGUACAACUUCUGUGACUCCAUUCCCUUCAACUACGACUGAUGAUGAUGAUAGUGGUGAUGAUGAUGAUAAUGGUGAUUUUGGCAGUGGUCAUGGAUCUGAUGACAAUCGCGAACUGUAAACUUCGAAUAUCUUUAGCUAAAUUACCAUGAAAGCAAUAAAAUCUGAGAGUAUUUAAACAGGACGACAGUAGUAAAUUCAAACAUCGGAAACUGCUCCAA